CGUCCCUUCGCCCCUCACUGUGGCACUGCGGCACCGUGUUGCACAGCUGUGUCACCGACUGACACGAACACGAUGCACAUUACGCCGGAAGAGUAUUCCAAGCUGCCCGCCUCGGUGCAAAAGAAGUACUUCUCCUCGGUGGAGCGAUUACGAAUCUUGCAGCAAACUGCAUCAGAGCAGCGCAGCAAGCAGUCAACGCCGACGCGGAGUCAGUCUUCGUUCGACUCGACCCGGCCCAAGACAUCUCAUUCCAUUCGUGCGCCUUCCGUUCGUGAACGUGCAUCAAGGAAGUCAUCUAUCGCGCCCGUAGUCGAAGACGUAAACGAAGAUCAAGCCCUUCGAUUCCUGGCCCUACCGGACAAAGUCAAGCGAUCGCACUUCAGCGAAGAGGAAUUGUUGCUGUUGACUGAGAGCUCACAGCGAACAUUGGGGUUUCGCGGGCAAGGCCAUGUGCCACAAUGGCCGCAAAAUGUUCGCAGCAUGAGCAUCGCCUCGUCCAGCUCUCAGAGAAGUGCAAGUCUAGAGAAGGAAACAGACUGGUGUGACGUGGAAACGACCUCAGUCCUCAGCGCAGAUCUGGGAGGCAGCGAGCCAGAUCUGACCGAAACAUGGCCGCAUAUCAACUCCAUCGCUUGCUCUGCGUAUGCGACCACUACUUCGACCGUCGAUGUGAGCUGGACACCAAGCCCUCGGAAGUCCUUUGCAAAGAAGCGUGCUUCCAGUCUCGCGCCGCUGCCGCUUCCACCUCCGACCUUACUGCCUCCGAUCCCGCCUCUACCUCAGGCAAAUACUCUCCGAUCGGCACGGUCAUCGCAAAACGAGAAUUCAUCGAAUAACAAGGCGCAGUUUUACAAGGACUCGGAUGCUCGCUCGAAAUUGCGCGCCUUCCUCGCGUCGCCGGAGAAGUUUGACGAAGCCCUGGAGUUCGGCUUUCCUGUCGAGCUUCCCGACAAGGAGCAACACCACACCUCACGAGGACCGACCCCUACCAUGGAACACUUCUUCGACGAAGAAGACUUGGACGAGGAAGACGAGGAAGACUUAUCAAAUGGCUCUUCCAUGGCCUCACCAAUGACGGUUGGCUCUUUCUCGUCUUCAGAGACGCCGCAUGGAUCCGUGGACUCCGGAAUUGCACUGAAGAGCAAAAGCAGUGUCCGGAGCUUCACUCCAGAUCUCGAUGGACGAGAGAUGACACUGCGACUGACGCUUACUCGAAGGGAGCUUCGCGCUCCGGAGGACCGACUGUACGCCGUUCAGCGAACUCAGUUCUCUGGGGUGGAUGUGGAGACAGUGGAUCCGCUUGCGUUGGGAACUCUGGAGUUUUGUGAUGACCCCUCUGGCAAGCAGGGCGCGUUCGCGAUCAACAAACCAGGAUCAAAACGGGGAUUGAAGAAGAUUUGGAGCAGUAUGCGAAAACGAUGAGGAGGACUGAAUUGAUUGAUUGAUGUUGAAGUGAUUAAUGCAUUUAGCGUGAACUGAUAUCCCAGGAAUACCGG